CAGUGUGUCUGUGUAUUUCAGAUUGACAUGAGUUUUACGUCUUGAAUGCCGCCGUCAUCAGUUUCUUUUAACAAAAUUUUUAUCACAUUUUAAUGCAUUUAUUUGCCGUUAAGAUCGAGUUGAAAAUAUCUGCCAGCGAAAAAUGCAUUUCCAUUUAGUUGUACAACUUUUAGUAUUCAGUUUAUUUUUAAUCAAUGUUGUCCAUAGCAUAGAACUAGUGACCAUGACCAUCGGUGCAGCAGUAGUAGGUGCUGGAUAUUGGUUGUUUGGUAAAAGUGACGGUGGAAAGGAUAGGCGAGAUAAAAUUCGCGAUUCUGUCGAUCCGUGUAGCUAUUAUGAAUGCUGCACGCCAAAAUACAUAACUUAUGAUAUUGAAGGAUUGAAAGCCGAUUUACAGAAGAGAUUAUUUGGACAACACAUUGUAAAUACCACACUGAUUCCAGCACUUCGUGCUCAUGUUAAAAAUCUUGAAUCGUCGGAAAAACCACUUGUGAUGAGCUUCCACGGGACUAUGGGCACCGGCAAGAAUCAUGUCACCGAUCUCAUUGUCGAACAUUUUUAUAAAUAUGGUGAAGACAGCAAGUACGUGCAUAAGUAUUAUGCUCGCAGAGAUUUCCCAAUCGCCGCUGAAGUGGAAUUAUAUCGUGUCCGUCUAAUAAUAGAAAUUGAAGAAGCGGUUCGGAAAUGCAAGCGCUCAAUUUUCGUGUUUGAUGAAGUUGAAAAGAUGCCGGCGGGUGUUUUUGAGUCAAUUGCAUCAAUACUCGACUACCAUAACCAUGUCGGUGGUACUGAUUUUCGUCAGGCCAUUUUCAUUUUCCUCACAAAUGCCGGAGGUGAUGAAAUUGCGAACGCACUAAACGGCAUCAUGUCCAAAGGAACAUUUCGAGAACAAACGAAAAUACAAGAUUUUGAAUACAUCGCCGAAAUGGCCGCAUACAACGUUGAGGGUGGACUAAAAAGUGCCAGCAUGAUCAAAUCCGGUCUCAUUGACCAUUUUCUACCAUUUUUGCCUUUGGAACGACGACACAUCGCAAGCUGUGUUCGAGCUGAAUUUCAGAAAAUAAAACAAAAACCGAAAGAUGAGGAUGUCAGUUACAUCGUGGAAAACUACGUGUCAUACCAGGGACUGUUCUCCAAAUACGGGUGCAAAAGACUGAACAAAAAAGUUCAAGCGAUGGUCGAAGAGUGUUACGAUGGAUUAUGCAGUCCAGAAUGCGUGGCAUAUGUCAUCGAUGGACUCAAAUCAGAUCUGAAAAGACAUAUGUUUGGUCAACAUAUUGUAAUUGAUACACUAAUACCGGCCCUUCGAAAUCAUCUUGAGAAUCUAGAACGGUCAAAAAAGCCAUUAGUUAUGAGUUUCCACGGUACCAUGGGCACGGGCAAAAAUUAUGUUGUCGAUUUGAUUGUAAAGCAUUUUUAUAAAGAAGGUAAAAAUAGCGAAAAAGUGCACAUGUAUCACGGUCGCGCGGACUUUCCAUAUGACAAUGAAGUGGAUAGAUACAGCGCACAACUGGUGAAAGACUUCCAAACGGAGACUCAAUCAUGUGACCCAUCAAUAUUCAUUUUUGAUGAAGUUGAUAAGAUGCGUCCGAUAAUUUACAAUAGAAUUGCAUCCAUAUUAGAUGAUCCAAGCCAAACUGUUAGCAAAGAUUUUCGUCAAGCCAUUGUAAUUUUCUUAUCAAAUGUGGGAGGUGAUGAAAUUGCAAACACACUCGACCAAAAGAUAGCUCAGGGAACGCCACACGAACAAACCAAAGUACAAGAUUUUGAACAUAUUUUUGAAGUAUCCGCACAAAAUACCGAAGAUGGACUGAAACGAAUCGUCACAUCUGGUUUUAUCGAUCAUUUUCUACCAUUUCUACCUUUGGAACGACGUCACGUCGCCGGCUGUGUUCAAGCUGAAUUUCGAAAACUAAAUCGAGAACCCAAAGAAGAGGAUGUAAGUUACAUCGUGGAAAACUACAUGUCAUACCAGGGACUGUUCUCCAAAUACGGUUGUAAAAGACUUAUCAAAAAAAUCCAAUCCAUGGUCGAAGAAUGGUAAUUACACAGCCAAUGACUGCUUUGGAGCAGUUCGCUAUUGAGCUCUCCAUCUCUAUGUCCAUGUCAAAUUGUACAUAUUAAAUGUCCAUUGUAAUUACAAUUUUUUAUUACACCUACAAAUUACAACUUGUAGGUGUAAUAAAAAACGAAACCUAUUGUUUCUAUUCAGUUAUUUAAUUCAAAAAUUUCAAUAUCAGCCAAAUAAAUUUCAUUACACCGAA